CAUGAGCAUGAACGUGCGCGCGUGCGUGCUCGUCGUCGAGCUCUCGAUUCGCUGGAAAGUGAACAGAGCGGAGAAAAUAGAGCAAGAAAAAAAAUGGUGAAAGGGAGAAAGAGAUACUGACGGUGGCGACGAUGGUGGUAGUAGCGAUACGUGUGAAAACGAUCUGAAAAUAAAGGGCUGAAAGAGGGUUACGUAGCGUCGCAACCCGACCAAGCGAUCGUCGCAGAAACGAGAUAGUCGUCGCGCCUUCUUCCUUUUGCGAACACGAGCGAGAGAAAACGGUUCGGCCGGCCAGAGUAGAGCUACAAGUGGUGAUAAACGAGGCCGAAUCCUCGUUAUUGCCCGUUGGGGAAGCCUCGAAAAUUCCUGCGGAAUUCAACCAGUUGAUUCCAGCCUGAACUCGUCUGCUUUUAUUAUCCUUUCUUGUUUCGUGAACGCGCGGAUUUCUAAUACGAAGUUCACGCGUUCGCGCGUCCAGUAUCGAUGUUCAAACGAAGAGCCGAAUAACGGGGCGGCUUGAUAAAAAUUCCCUUUUACAGUCAGAAAAGCGAGAAUAACCGAGCGUUGAAUCGUCUUCAAUUAGAUGAAUACCAUUGCUCGUACAAUUCUGUUUCUUAUCAACAGUAUGUGCAAUAAAUCGAUCCGGUGGUAAAGCGAAAAAUAGGCUGUUAGAAUGUCUGAAGUAUAUCGUGUAACGUUAUACCGCGUUCUUCGCUAGUUCAACGGGAUGGGGAAAUCUUAUUAUAGAAAUACGUAGUCGGAAUAAUAAAAACGAGCAGUUUAUCAUUAUUUGGAAGCCAAUUCCUGUUCCAAAAGACCAGAUGGUUUGAUAAACACGUCGUAUUCUCGCGUCAAGACGAUACAUCGCCCACUUCGGUUUCUGAAACCAUCUUCAGCCAACUAUAUUUUGCUUAAAGGAAACGCCUAUCAUCCUAGCUGGGUGCUCCGGUCUUAGUAUAGAAUAUACUUGUUGCAAAGGAGGACAAGAGGAGCGGUGAUCGUGCAAAACCGUUCAUCGCGCGGCGAAUUUCACUCGGAAGCAUUCCGCCGGCUCUUUCUCCGAGAAAUCUCCGGUCCUGUGACGGAAAAUGAAAUCCGAUAUUGUAAUUCCACGCGCUUGUGUAACGCGACCUGCCAUUGGAAACGUCGAGAACGACAUGUGCGUCGCCCUUUUUCAAACCCGACGCUGCUGCACUUCGUGAAAUGAAUUUAAAGCGUGGGCGGCACGGUGACGCGAACGUGAACGCCGCGAUAUUAAAACACAAAACGGCUGGAUGUCAGACUGAAAUUCACUAGAAACCACUGGCUACGCUUUAUACGAGCUGCAGACACCUAAUAAUAACGUGACGCGACGCGGCCACGUGUGCUCGUUUAAAUUCGACGUGUGAACGCCAAAUAUGAAAUUAGCUAUAUCCCAAGUUAUCUCUCCGCCGAGUUCGAACAUCGCGUCGCGUCAGAGGUACUCGACAGGAUUAGCUCGAACCUUUCGACGACGUAACCUCGCCUGAAAUUUUCCAUAACGUCCGAAAAUCGUUCAACGUGUCGUCGCUCUUUCCUUCUUGCCAUUUUAGUUUCUUUCGUCGUCGAACCACGCGCCGUUCGCUUCCUCGUUCGUUUGCUCGCCAACCCGACUUAUCUGCUUGUUCGUUCGUUAUUCCGUGAAUAAAUAAUUGAACGAACAUGCGCGUGCGAAAGCACGAUGAAAAUUUCAAUCGAUGGCUUUUCGUCCGUUCACUACUUCAAAAUUAUUCAUUGAUCUCUUUUUUGCAGUCCGGUCUAUCCCACUAUUUCGCACUCCCUUGUUCCGCUUCUCUUAAUUUCUCUCUCUUUCUCCGUCUCUAUUUCUCCCUGUGGGAGCGGCUACGAGUCCUGCGACAAGGAAUUCUCUGCUCGCGCAGCAUCCAUAUUAGCCUAUUCGAAAAUCUCGCUUCACCUUGCAUUUAUGCCACGCUGAUGAGCGUUACAGGACACGUUUCGCAAUUGUAAAACGUACGUUGAUGUAUCUGUUUCUUUCAACAGCGAUAUAGCUGGGAGGAAACGGGGAAUGGCCUAUGAAUAUCUGCCACUUCGACUAGCGUUUAAUCUAGGUCAACGGAAUUGAAUGUAGGAUCGAGUUGAGAUACUGUGACUAUAGAGUGUCAAGACCAAAUACAUUCGGAGCAGUACUGAAAUUUGAUGGAAUAGAUUCGAAAUAAAUAACAACGACGUUUACGCCCGGGAUCGCAUUUUGUAAGAAUUUUCAUGGUUAAAUAUACCAUACUGAAACGGAGUGUAAACGCACGCAAAAUGCUAGAGUAAAUUUCAUCCUGUUUCUAAUGCUUCUUACCUACGAAAAUCUCUCUACUGAAGUACAAUAUAUCGCUGCUUUGUUGACUACAAGUAAUUCCCAGAAGCUGUGUCACGCUCAAAAGAAACAUCUAGCGUCCUACUCCGCAUUCCUUUUUGCCUUUGAGAUAAAAUAAACGAGAAUAGAUGAAUGGGACAUUGUCUAUUAUGCCGAGCACUAUAUAGUUUAUUUGUAAUAAGAUUUCUUACUCGUAUGUUUGAGUUUUACGCGUAAUAAGUAAUUUCGACAUCCUAACAACGUUUCAUAAACAAUUUAGUUGUUUUUACGCUACUGAUAUAAAUCUAACGACUAAUGCUCACGUAGCCAGUUCUUUAACAUUCAUAAUGACGCAUUGAACUUGACCCGUACACAAUUACGGUACGCUUCUCGAACGAACUGUUCGUUCUAACGCGAGUAAACAGCUUCCAGAAAACUCUCUUUUACUCAACGCUACUACUUUAUUCGUGCAAGUGUGCGAGGCAAAGGCGGGCUCGAAUAAUUCGUUCGCACAAGCCUGAGGUUCCGUGUCUUCUCUAUGCGGCUACUUACGUUCUUCUUCUUUAUCUAGCUAACAAGUUAAGCGUGGCAAUGGUACACGCAUUUGACCUACGUAUAUGUAUACGCGGAUGUACGGGAAGGCAAUGUAAAUAAAUGAUUUCAAGUAACGCCAGACCACGCUACCGCUGCUAAAUCAUCCCGCGGAUCAAUCAUACCUUUGUCGCGUAUUACAACGGUGAAUCCGGGAAUGGGAAACGUCGAACAUCAGCCAGGAAGUAAUAGACGAGUGAUAGAGUUGAGCACGGGGAAUUUUUAUGGGUAAAUCGAUGUUGCACGCGGAAAGGGCAAGACUGUGUGAGAGGGAAACGUCAGGCGACUCGUAGAGGGGCAAAGAGAAAGAGCGAGAAGGACAGCAAGAGGAAAAUAGCAGGGAGAGAGAGAAGGCUCGAUUGGUCGAGGAGAAGGGAGUAGCUGUGAAGGAGUGAGCGAGAGGGGAAAAGAGAGAGAGAAAGGUGAAAUGUGAAUACACGUACGAUAGAGAGACAAAGAAGGUGAGAGGCAAAGGGCGCUAGAAAUCUGGAGCGGGGAUAGAUCCAGGGGCUUUUGCGCUGUGCACGCGACCUUGAAUGCCAGCCAGCCUAGACCUUGCCACAGCUCUUUCGCUCGGCUUGCCUAGUCCAGAGACCGCUCCGCCUCUACAUACAUACUGUUGUUUCAAGCGCCGCGCCGGCCUAAAUCCGAUAUCUCGCUUCCUCUUUCUUCUUGCCUCACCUAUCCUAUGGCUUGCGGCGGGUUCAGGCCGCGCGCGAUCGCACCGAUUACGUAAAGAUAAAAACUCGAAUAAUCGCUGGCUGGAUCUCUGGUAAUUUUACUUAGAGUCAUAUUGGUCGGUGCAAUUAUUUCUGCAAUGCAAUGCAACAAUGUUGCACUUUGUAGCGGAACUUGGACCUAGAAUCACAUUUUGCUAUGACUGAGCACUAUCAUAUACUAUGACUGUACAAACUGUAAUUUAAAACUUGAAUCUGUACUUAUGCUUCUUGUCACUGCGCUUGAAAAUAUGAUAUGAAUUUUUAUAUAAAUAUAUAAUUUUCUGUAAUUAACAUAUUCGUAUACUCCUUAAUGCAUAUAAUGUUCUUCUUGUUUUAUUUUCAAUUCUAUGUUGAAAAUUUUAAAGGAAUAAUUUAGGACGAUCAAAUUGGAAAUCAACGAGGAGGAAAUUCUACAGAAUAUCGCAUAUUUACCGUGCAAACAUCGAAGGAUACCAAGUCGUAGCUUAACUUUCUAUUUAUAUUCUUCUAAUGAUGAACUUGUACAUUCUUUUCUAAACAAAACUGAUUUAUCUGACCUUUAUCGUAAAUAUACAAGCAUAGCAAACCUACGACUGAAAAGCAACAAAACAGAUAGUAUUUCUAAGAUACGCAUUUAGAAACAUUCGUACUUACAUCAGGCAUUUUCAUUUUUAUGACAUUAUGCUCUUUCUAUUUGUAAAAGGCAGACAAAGAUAUCGUUUCGCCUUAUGAUAUACAUGAAUACUAGAUAGUUCACUGUAGGUUUGUGUCUACUGAUCACGGAGCAUUUAAAUUGAGGUUUAUAUUUCAAAUCAUACAAGAAUAAUACGUAUCUGAAGUAUAGCGUUCAAGGUUUACGAUUCUGUUGCUCGCUGAAGCGUUCGCGCUAGAUGGGAUCAUAACGGAUCUUUGGACGCGACCGCGCCUAGAAUCCAAUGGGUCCAACACAACUCCGCGGUUUAUCCACCUGACUUUUUAUGUUUUUGCCAAAUUGUGCACUUCUUAAGAUUGCAGCGGCAUCUGCCUUGAGAAUCGCGAGGCGUUCGUAAUCACGUGACUACAAUUGCACCGGUUUUCUACUCAGAUGUUACCGAUCACAUGAUCUAUUGAAGUUCGUGCUAAAUUACACCGAUUCUUUAUUUUCAAUGGAUAGUGAGCUUAAAUUGAUUUUGAAGAAUUAUGAAAUUCCUUAUCCUACGUUUCCAAGUAUUGGGUGUAUUGCGCGGGUGCUCAAAAUCUUAUGCCGCCACUGGGACAGAAUUCAAAUGUGUGCCGCUUUGAGUUCCGCGUGUCGUAUCGUGGCGUGUAACUAAACAGGCUCGUUGAUUCGAUUAGUGAGUGUUUGAAAUUGGUGAUCGUACGAGUUAUCCAUUAUGAAUAAAAUGACGAAGUUCAGAAAAAAUUUCAAGUAUAUUCAAAAUUACAAUUUUCCACCUACAAAACUUCGAAAUGUGUUUUGUACACGAUGUAAACACCAAUUUUUUUUUGAAGCAUUUGUUCCUAUGCGUGGUACAAUACCUUUGUUAUUAGACUGUGGACAUAUAAUAUGUGAUAAAUGUGCUAAAUCAUUUGUUAAUCAACCUUGUCAUAUAUGCAAUAUAAUCUCAGAGUGUGACAGUAAUAAUAUACUUCAGUUACCUCUAAACAUAUAUGUUUUGGGAUUAAUGGUCAAGUCACAUAAUCGACCAAUUAAUACAGAUGAACAAGAUAUUUCUUUUUCUAAACCUUCUACUUCUAAAUCAAAGCAACAGAGCAUACAAGGUUUAUGUUCUGAAUGUGGAAUUCAAGCAACACUAAAGUGCCAACAAUGUAACGUUCUCUUUUGUCAUAUUUGUUAUUCCAAGAUUCAUGGGAAAGCGCUACAAAAUCAUUCAAAGAUCAUACUAACGGAGGAAGAUAAUGAAAAUUCCUUCAUUUUAAGAAAUACUUGCUCAGAACAGUGUCUUGAACGGAUAGGAUAUUACUGUGAAAAUUGUGAUAUAGCUGGAUGUUCACAUUGUAUGAUACAAUUACAUAAAAAACAUAAUUAUUUUCCUUUAAGUGAACAGAACAAUAAACUGAUAACUGAGUUCUACGACGUGUUUGGCCGUGUGAGUGAGAAUCUCAAAAGAGUUCAACAGGUGCAAAAGAAACUGAUGUCUGUAUCCUCUACCUCGAUAGAAGAAAUACAGAACAUCACCAGUAUAGAGGCGACCGUGACACAGCAUUUCGCCUAUUUGCAUGGUGUUCUUCAAAAUACAGAGCAACAGAUCAUUGAUACGUUACAGGAGUAUACAAAUUUGCAGAACAAGAAUAUCAACGAGAUUUUCACACAGCUGAAGGAGUAUGAAGAACGACUUCAAUCUGCCAUUCUGGUAUCGACAUCGAUCCAAAACAACCUCGACCAGGUAGACAUUCAGCAAGUGAUAAAAAAAUUGGAACCGAUGACCAACAUUCCAUGCUAUCUGGUUCAAAACACUGAUAAAGACAAUAAAAUCGAAUUUGACAUCAACAAUAACAUCACUAAAACCAUAGAACAACACUGCUACGUGUACAUACCGAAAACACCAAUUUACAGUCUGCAACAAAAGGAUUUGCUACCAAAGGAUUACGAGAUAGAACCAUUGGUCGAAGAGAUUGUUACUUCACUAGAAAAUAAGGAAACAUCCCCGAAGACUAAACCUAACGUCAUAGAGAACGAUAAUCUUGCUAGUAUUGGAUCCUCGGAGAUGGUCAACGUCACCCACAUCGUGGACCCUUCUUGCUUUUACGUUCAGAUAGUACAAAAUCAACAGAAAAUAUCGGAUCUUAGCAAAGGACUGGCUACACUGGCAACUACUACAGGAAUAAUACCAACGGAAGUAACUUUAAAUGCGCUGUACAUCGCGCAGUGCUCGAAACACAAUGUUUGGUACCGUGCACGUGUCAUAGAGAAGAAACCGAAUAUGAACGAUGACGAAAGAUAUAGCCUGUUCUUUAUUGAUUAUGGCAUGAAAGAGGAAAAUGUACCUUUGAGUAGAAUAAGAAAUAUCAUACCACAAUAUGCGAUGUUACCGGUGAUGGCCCUUAGGUGCACUUUGUUCGAUAUUGUUCCUAAUAAUGGUAAAUGGCAUCCCGAUGCCACUCGAGUUUUUAAGAAACUAGUUUGCACAAAUUCUGUAGUAUCGAUGUGCAUCAAGAUGAUAACCGGUGAUACUUAUUACGUCGAUCUGUGCGUGAUAUCAUCAAAAGACUCGGGUUUAAUAUCCGUGAAAGACUCCUUAACGUAUAUGAAAUACGGCACUUGCAUUUCACCAAACACAUUAAUGAGAAUGAAUCCUGACUCAACAAGGAAGUAUUUUAAGGAAGUGUUAGACCUAGAAAUUUACUCGGAUGUUCAAAUCCUAUUUGUCGAAUCUCCUAGUUGUAUAUAUGUUCAAAGGACACACACAAAUAGAUAUACCUUUCACAAAAUGCAACAAGAAAUGAUGAAUGAUUACGAAAAAAAUAUAUCUACCACUGAUUAUAUUAUCUUUGCACCUUGUAAAGAUUUACCGUGUGCUGCACGAGGAGUCGAUGGAUAUUGGCACAGAGGACUCAUACGCGAAGUUACCGAGAACACUAUAAAAGUUUUCUACGUGGACUUAGGAUAUACAUUGGUAUUAAGUUAUGAUGCUAUCAGAGCUCUUCCAAGAAAAUACAUGUCCUGCAGAACACAAGCUGUAAGAGUUUCAUUAAGAAACAUAAAGCCACGAUUUAACAAUAAAAACCAAUGGGAGCCGGCAACUAAGGAAUUCAUAAAGAAAUUUCUAAUGGAUAUGAAGUCAAAUUUCAAAGUUAUCCCUUAUAAUCAAUUUGGAGAUACAUACAACGUUGCUAUGUUUACACAUGAUAACAGUAUUAAUGUCGCUGAUUUACUAGUACAAAAGUGCCUAGCAACGUACAUUAUUUCUAGUCCGCACAAUACAACAAUGGCUACAUUCGAUUUAAAAACGAAAAAAAAGAAGAAUAUUAGUUGUUUAGAAUUAUCUGAUCAAUAUUACAAUAAUCCAAUAAACGAAAACAUGAAGAAAGUCAUAGAAGAAAAUGAAGAUCCUUUCAAAAUAAAAGUACAAAUACACCAAGUGCAAUCACCAGACAACAUUUACGUUUCUGACGCCACGUGUGAUCAGAGCGAUGUAGAACUAAUGAUAAAACAGAUGCAAGAAUUUUAUAGCAAGUAUCGUCCCGCAAAACGAGAUAUUUGGACCAAGGGUGCUACUUGUGCAGUUUAUUUUGCAAGAUGUGACAUGUAUUAUCGUGGCCGAAUCGUUGAUAUUAAAUCAAACGAUACAGUAGUCGCAUUUUUAUACGACAUAGGAGUCGAAGAAACUGUAUCGACAAAUGACAUACAACCGUUGUAUCCCCUGUUCUCUAAGAUAUCAACGUACGUUUUUAAGAUAAAGCUAACGGGUAUAUUGCCCUGCGGAGGAUCCACCACGUGGCCAUCGUUGUCUUGUGAAAAAUUGCGCGAAAUCAUAGAUAAAAAUCAGACUUCCAAAUUCUACAUAUCUAAAUUGGAAGACGAAGAUAUGGAAGAUUCUGCAAUACCGGUUGAAUUAUGGAUUAAAGAAGUGAAAAUGGACGGGCCAUUGGCACCAACAAGAUAUGAAAUUAAUUCUAUCAAUAGAAUGUUGGUUGAAAAAGGAGUAGCAUUACCCGUGAAGGAGUAUGCGAAAAAAAGAGAUAAAAUUUUAGCAAUUGAAUUGAAACGACAAUUAAUGAAGAAAUUUGAAAGAUUAACGAAUUAUGAAUCAAACGUGAAGUUGCUUGAAAUUAAUGAUUGCUCCAUUGAGCCCAUGGAGAUAACUACUACUACAGCGAUAUCGAAGCCAAUAUUAUAUCAUUUAAAUUCUGAUUCUAAUAAUCAAAUUUAUGAGAACAUGGAAGAAAUAUUUGAUAACGUUCCGAAACUUUUAUCGUCAGCUUGGUUGCCAGUAGAACCAAUAAAUGAAGAUACAUUUAUUGCUAUACCGACAUACUUAGAUAAUAGCGGCUUUCUUUAUCUUCAUUCCAAAACGGGUAGUAGUAAAAUAUUAGAAUAUAUAGAAAUGAAAUUAGAAAAAAUAUACAGCAAUCGUUCAAUUGAACUUUGUGAUACUGAAUGGGCUGUAGGAGAUCCAUGUAUUGCACAGUAUCAUGUAAAUAAAAAAUGGUACCGAGGAAAAAUAGUGGAGAUUCAAGGAAACGACAUAAUUAAUGUAGAAUUUGUAGACUAUGGAAACAUAGAGCAAUGUACAACUGAAGAUUUAAAGAAAAAAGUUAUCUUAGAAGAUAUUCCAAUUCAAUGCACAAAAUGUUUGAUCGAAGGUUUAAAUCCGGGGACUGAGAGUGGAAUGUGGGCAACAGAAGAUUUAGAUAGAAUACAUAAGCUUCUCAUUGAACAGGAAUGCGAAGUCACAAUCAUUUAUAGAAGUGAAAAAUACCUCAAUAUUUCUUUAAAGAUCUUGCCAAACAAAUACUGCAAAAAGAAAACUGAUUUAAUCACAUUUCUUAUCAAUGAAUUGGAAAUGAACAUUAAACCUAAUAUUGAGGCCAUUACAUUCCAAAAUAGAGUAACUACAAAUGUUACUACAGAUGUUACUUCAGAUGCAGUUAUAGAAAACCCGAGAUCAUUUUCUUUAGGCGAUGACGUGAUAAGUGAUCCAAUUAUUACUGGAAAUUCUGUGUUGCUUCCAGACAAUGAUACAGAUACUGUACAUAAUAUUGACAAUGAUACUGUAACUGAUGUUGAAAAUGUAUCAUGGUUUAAAUUAGAGACAACAAUUACUUCAACUCCUAAUAUUGCUUCACAAGAAGAUCUUUCAAUGCAUUAUAAACUUAUAAAUAUACCAAACGACAUAGACUAUAUUGAGAUAGAAAUGUGUUGCUGUAUUACUCCUACUAUCUUCUAUGCUCAAUUAAAAGAAAAUAUUCAUUGUACGAUUUUAAAUGCGUAUUAUACACAGUAUGAACUUUUAAUGAAUGACUUGCAAGAAAAUGCGGACAAACAACCAUUGAUUACGAAGUUUACUGUUAAUACUCCAUGCUGCGCGAAAUUCAAUGAUAAUCUUUGGUAUCGAUGUCUAAUAACGGAAUCUGAACCUAUUAUAAAUUCAGAUAAUAUUGAAAUUAAACUGCUUUAUGUAGAUUACGGUAAUGACGAAUAUAGAAAAGUAAAUUCACAACAAUGUGAAUUGUACACUUUAAAGAAAGAAUGGAUAGAGAUACCUACUAUUGCAAUGAAGUGUAAAUUGUGGAAUGUAGAAGUUGUUUCUAUAUUCGAUCAUGAUAAGCUAGUCUCUCAAUUAGAAAAAAUGUACAAUAAACGUAUUAUAGCUAAAAUUAAAGAAACUGAUGAAGAGUUUAUGAGCGUUGAACUGUAUGAAGACGAAAAAUGUGGGAAAGUUAUGUACAAUACCUUAAUUGAAGAAGGUUUAUUCGAGGUUAGAUCAAAAAAAAUUGACGAUCUACAUUAUCCUUAAAUAGUAACAUAUAUUUAUUUCUAUCAUUUACAAUGAUAAGCUAGUAUAAAAUUAUUAAAUUCCAAAAUGAGAUUUUAUGUUAAAAACUUAUUAAUCAUACGAACUAAGCUUAUAUGUUGAAGUAUUACAGUUUUUAGGCAAAUUUAAAUGUUUAUUGUUAUAAAAGGAAAAAAUUACUAGAAAUAUAUUAACGUUGAGCACUUUUAGCAAUCUGUUCUUUAAGCAAUAAAAUACUUUGCCUUUGUUCAGGUGGUAACAUAGCGAUUUGUUCAUCAGAUAAUUGUAGUACUUGCAUUAUUAAAGCCGCCUACAAUGAAAUUAGUAAUUAUUUUUACAUUUUGUCAUCUACUAUAUAACUGAAUAAUGUAAGAUUUUAUAUAUUUUUAUAUAAAAAUAAAUGACAUUUAUAUGUAAUUUGUUUUUAAAUACCUUCUCUUGAUCAGACGCUCCGCUCGGUAUAUUUCCCGCUGGAGACAUGCCUGCCAUAAGCCUCGACGUUGCAGAUGUCGUUGACGUGGUCAAUGCAGUAACUGGAGUUACUACACUAGCUGUAGCAACAUUCGAAGACUGACCAGUAGGUGCUGCAACAGGUCUUGGUACCACUGGUAGUGCAACUGGCACUGGUGCUAAAGGAUAAAAUUAGCAAAAAAUAGAUACAAUUAUAAAGAAGUAAUUAAAUUUCUUAUUUUGAAUUUCUCAUUAUUAUAGAAAAUAAGAAAUAUUUUGAAAAACUUACGAUUAGCUUUUGUAAUUCUUGGAUCAAUAGGCAUUCUUGGAUCUCUAGGAUCCCUUGGAUCUCUACCAAAUCUGUCUGUUCUUGGAUCACGACAGAAACUGAAAAAAAUCAUAUGCUUUUAGAAUGUUUUAAAUACUUUGAUUUUAAAUUAUCUAUGAUAAUUGUAGAACCUCUCAACUCCUUCAACAGGAAGUGUGCUGUAAAAAAGAACACAUUCUUAAAAUAUAUUAAUUUAAGAGAUUUGUUUAACAUGAAAGAAAUACUAACUUGUCCGAAAUAUUGAAUGUACUAAGUGCUCUAGGAUCUGUAUUGGCAGGUACAGCUGGAGAUACACUGACAGGUGUUGGUUGUACUUGUUGUGGUCCUCUUAAAUCUUGAUCCAUUCUAGCUAGACGUGGAUCCAUUUGUCUGUCCAAU